AUGCGCAAUCCCAACGGCAUCCGCAUCCUACUCCUCCUCCUACCGCCCCUUCUCUUCCUCUUCGGCCUCGCCGCCUUGACCAACAUCCUCGAGCGCAUAUCCAAGAACUACUUCAACGACGGUCUCGGUCGCGACAUACGCAGCGGCGCGUCCCAGAUAACUCUGUCCCGCCCCGGCUCGAACGAUACCACCGUGACGAUUGAUACCGACAACGCGCCCACAAUCACCAUACUCGCGUUAUGCCUGCUAGGAUAUCUUGUCAGUCUGCUCAGCGCGGCAGGGAUAUGGCAGUUGAGGCGCACAGAGGGCACAGCGGGACAUGAGAGGAUGUGGACGUGGAUUAUCUUCGUUAGUAAUGUCGUGAUGGUGGGUGCUAGUCUGGGCGUCUUUGGAUACGUCACCUCUGUCCAGAGUAGCGAUAGUAGCUGGCAGGGCUACGAAGACGUUGGCCAAGAUGACCAGGAGCACACGAGAGAGACGUGGGCAUGUCAAAUCGACAAAUUCUUCCCUGAGGAAGAUUGGGCAGGAACGGCAUGUGGCACUGCGAAGGCGAUGAGGUACAUGGUUAUCGCCCUGGCUGUCGCUGCGUUAUCGGUCUUUGUCAGUUUGUGGGUUCUUGUACGGGCGAGAGGAGGGGUCAAGUGGGCGUUUGGAGGGAAGGGGAGAUAUGCGGCGUUUGCGAGUGUGUAUGAGAUGCAGCCACCUGGUCCGCCGUCGCCUUAUACUGGACCGCAGGGACAGCAGUGGGUUCAGCAGCCGGGGCAGCAAUGGGCGGGUCAGCCGACAGUACAGCAGUGGGGUCCGCAGCCGGUGCAGCAAUGGGGUCCUCAGCUUGUUCCUCCACAGCCUGUUUCUCAGGUGCCGAAGUCAGAUGCUACUGUAGGGCAACGUCGAACGCCCAAGAUACCAGUCGCCAGCCACCAUGAGGACGAGCUCUUCCCGCCGUCACUGGACAUUGCUCAUAGUAAAUCAGAAAGUCGUGUGGGGAGCCAGAAGAGCAACGAUCUCGAAAAUUUUGACUACCCGUACAACAAGACCGGUAGACCUGCUAUGCCCUACACGGUAGGCGCCACGUUCACUGCCCACCGUCACGUACCACCUGCGCCUUUCGGUAACGGCUACAACACUCCAUGGCCGCCUUUCAAGACAGGUCACUUCAGACUACCGCAGCUCAACUACUGCCUUAUCCGACCGCCAAUUGGAGGGUGUACGCUCGAAGAGUCCUACACGCUUACGAUCACCGACAUAAUACGUACCGGCUCUAUAUACGGUGCGCAAGUCGUCUUAGUCAACGGAAAUAUAGUAGCAAAGAUAUACGAUCCGCUUUACGAUGACGAAUUCGACAUCUUCGACGACAAGCGCGACGUUGUCGUACUAUCUGACGGGGAUUACUCCCGCGAAGCCGCCGCGUACGAUGAAUUAAGACGAGAUCCUAAAGCGCAGCGCGUUGUCCCGGAGUACUAUGGUAGCUGGACUAUUGACGUGAACACGGUGGUGGACGGCCAGAUGUAUACAAGACACGUUCGGCUCAUACUCAUGGAAUAUAUACCCGGUACUGUUAUGACCGCCAUAAAGCCGCUACUGCUCUCUGUAGAGACCCGCUCGGCGAUCAUGAAGAAAGUCCUAGAAGCCGAGUCCCUCAUCUUCGCCGCCGGUAUCCUGCACCGCGACAUUGCGCCCCGCAACGUCAUGCUCGUCUCCCCAUCACCCACAUCUUCCCUCGACGACCCAGGCGUCCGCAUCGUCAUCAUCGACUUCAACGUCUCCAAUGUCAUCCGGCUCAGCGAACCCCAUCCCGGCGACUCAGACUCCGCAUACAUACAACAGCAGUGGCCGGGUAGGAUAAUGGGACCCGUAACGAGGUUCUGGAAUGCGAUGGGCGAUUUUGCGUUCAAGGGGUGGGUUGGUAGCAAGGCGGAGACGACGAAUGAGUGGCUGUGGGAGUGUUUUGGGGAGAGGGAGGAGUAUGUGCCGCUUGUUAGGGAUGCGGGGGAUAGGAAGGCUUGUCCUGGGAUUGAUUGGUCUGGAGAGUUGAAGAAGGGGAGCAAUGAGGCCGUAAUUGGAGCUGUCAAGGAUACUGUUGGUAGUAGGGCGUGA